AUGGAAAGCGGAUACACGUUCGAACAUUUUGGAUUUUCACCAAAUCAGAUUUCUUUAGAAAGACGAUGUUUUGUGGAGAAAUGUGUGGAUAUAUUAUUGGAUAAUAUUAUAAAGCGUUUGGUAAACUCGGAAGAGAGGAACAAUUUAUUGGCUAAAGAAAAAGAUUGUGUGAUUAAAAGUAUUUUGAAGUCUAUGGAAAGUCAUUUAUCCAAAAUUAAUGAUUUUGAUAGUAAGUUAUUUUCGGUACCUGAAUAUGUGUUGUUACCGCGCGAUUGGGAUCACAUGAAAGAAAACACGGAACGAGAUGAAGAAAAACAAGAACAAAAAGUGGAAGAAUUAAAGCAAAAAUUCCUCCAGAAUUCUUUUAUGUUGGCUUCAUUAAAAUUGGAGAAUGCAAAAUAUGAUGCGCUGAAAGAUAUAUACGCUGAUGAAAUGGGUGCUCAAGAUGAGUUAAAGCAAAUGUUGCAUAAACACGACAAUGAAAUUUCAUGUGAGCUUAUACAGACUAUUAAAACUAUGCUUAGAAAAAAUACUAUGAUAAAUAUGCCUGAAGAGAGUAAUUAAUACUUUGAAAAUAAAUCGUAGUUUUCCUUAACAAAUUCUGAGCACUUUAAACCUGGUCUCUCUUUUUUUAACCAAAGCAAAAAUCUACAAUACUGUGCAGUGCAUUGGAUGAUUACAUUAAAAACUUCGGCAACAGAAA